AUAGAUAAUUUCCCAUAAAUACAUACACAAAAGAUCAUAUAUGGCGCGAAAAAAACAGCUGAUUGGCAUCCCUCUGGUGGUGAGACGCCGCAACUAAAACGCAUAAACGUCAUGUUGUGGUUGUGACACGCAAACAGUCCAGAAAACGCGAUUUUCUCUCAAGUUUUCAUCUCAAUUUCUCAGUGUUUUGUGCAAAAUCCAGUGCCCAGAAAUGGAUGUUACGCCCCUCUUUAAGGCCUGUGUCAAGACAAUGCGUCUGAAGAAUAAAUCCCUGCCUGUACCGGACAAAAAUCGCAUUCUCAAAAAGCGUCCCGUCACCACGGACGUGGACUUCAAUGGCCGGUCGAAGGAUAUUCGGUACAAAAUCACGCAAUUGAGGGAUUUCUUGGUAGAAAAUCGGGCUGCUUACAUGAAAUUCGCUUGCCACUUGAAGAACUCAGCUCAGAUGAGCGAUGAAGAAAGAGAUUUGAUAGACCAAGAGUGCGAGAAGGUGAUAAACUUCUGUUCACAGUUGAUCCUCGAUUUCCGCCAAGAUUGCCGCAGCAUUGAAAAAAAGUCACCACAGCAGAUGCGGGAACACAUGAGAAUAGUCCUGGAAACUCUAACAGAAUACCUAAAGACCAUUAAUGAUUUCCACAUGCGACAGAAGAAGCACCGGGUUCAGAGAGAAUUGGAAACUUACAAGUUCAUCAAGCUAGAAUCAGACAAGAGGAAGAUCCCAGUGAUGCCAUUCACAGCACCAAAAGCUGCAAAGAGUGACAGUGAGAGAGAUUCAGCAGAGGAGGAGGAUGAAGAUAUGCCACUAGAUCGGUCGGAUGAGGAGAAAAAGAAGGAUUCGCUAAAGGAGAGGAAAUCUCUCUCAGGACGAUUGUCGCUGGAUGAAGAGAUCGCCCACAAUCAGUCUUCCUACGAUGAAGGAGACAAACUCAGUGCCGAGGAUAUUCAGAUGUUUGAAUCGGAGAAUGUACAGCUGUAUCAUGAGCUUCAGGGAUUGGCUGAGGAAGUGGAACAGAUUGAGAGGAAUGUCGUGGACAUUGCUCAGUUGCAGGACAUCUUCACCGAAAAGGUGACUCUCCAGAAGGCUGAUAUUGAGAGAAUUUCCAAUACAGUCGUGGGAACGACUGAGAACGUCAAAGACGCCAAUGAGCAGAUAAAGCAAGCAAUUCAGAGAAAUGCCGGACUCAGGGUAUGGAUACUCUUCUUUCUUCUCGUCAUGUCCUUUAGCCUACUUUUCCUUGACUGGUACAAUGAUUAAUAAAUCGUACAAGGCUAGGUGCUUUUAUCAAAAAAAUUGUUUUAUUUCGGUGAAAAUUUUCCGCGAGAAAUGUCAGCAUUUGAAUAUAGUUCUGGUUCUGAGGAGUCCCAGUCCCAGGACUCCCAAAUUUCCUCGGAUCCUCUGAAUUCCUGUAAGUUAAUACUGAGAGGUAAACCUUUUUUGCCACAAAUGUCCCGGAAUAAAAGCUAGAAUGAUUUUUUCUUCAAAAGGUCUGCAAGGAAUUGAGGCAAUUGUCCUUUCCCUGACUGAGUUCCUCAGUCAAAAGCUAGAACAUUGCGAAAAGAUGCUCCUGGCCAUUAAGCAGCAAAAG